AUGAAUUAAAACAAUGAUGUUUCUAUCAAAUGUCCAAAUCCAGAGCAUGGAGAUGAUGUAAAGCUCGUAUGUUUUAAUGAAUCUUGUAAAGCAAAUAGAUUAUAGUGCAUCUAAUGUAUAAGAAAUGACACUCAUGCUUCCCAUCCUUAACAUUAAUAAGAAAUACCAUUGUUAUUUGAGCACAUUUAAAGAAUUGAAAAAGAAAGUUAAGAUUUAAUUAAUACUUUGAAUAAAUAAAUGGAUUUGGCUAAUCAAUAAUUUUAGUAAUUGAUUGUUGGAAUUAAAUCUAAAUAUCAGAAAUCUAAACAGUAAUUCCUAAACUUAAAUAAUAAAUUAAUGAAUUGCUUCUUAUCAGAUAGUUUACAAUUCAAAUCAUUUGAGUAACUAGUCUAAAUAAUCUAAAAAUCCCUUAAGGAUUUCAAAGAUUAAAUGAAAAAAUUAUUAUCUGAUUUUAAGUUAUCUGAAUUAGAUUAGUAAGAAGUAUUUAAUUAAGACAUUAAUAAAUCGGAAGAAUUAUAUUAAAAAGGUAAAAUAUCUAUAAAGUUAGGCUUUAAACUAUAUUUGGAUGAUGAUAACUAUGAAGAGGCGAUUAAAGUAUUUGAUGAAUCAUUAACUUUUAAUUCAAAACAUAAAUUAGCAUUAUGGUGCAAAUGUAUAAAUAUAUUUUAAUGAAUUAGCGGAGUGUUUAAAGAUGAUAGGUAAAUAUAAUGAAGCAAUCGAUUGGGCGGAUAAAGCUUUGGAAAUAGAUCCAAAUCAUUGUUAUUCACUUUAUUGCAAAGGUAUGAUUAUUAUAUAAUGAAUUAGCGGAGAGUCUAAAGAUGCUUGAUUAAUAUAAUGAAGCAAUCAUUUGGGCAGAUAAAGCAUUGUAAGUAGAUCCAUAGCAUUGUUAUUCACUAUAUUGCAAAGGUAUGAUUAUUAUAUAAUGAAUUAGCGGAGAGUUUAAAGAUGCUUGCUUAAUAUAAUGAAGCAAUCAUUUGGGCAGAUAAAGCAUUACAAGUAAAUCCAAAUCAUUGCUAUUCAUUAUGGUGCAAAGGUCUGAUUAUUAUAUAAUGUUUUAGCGGAGAGUUUAAAGAUGCUAGGUAAAUAUAAUGAAGCAAUCGAUUGGGCAGAUAAAGCUUUGGAAAUAGAUCCAACAAAUUGUUAUUCAUUACAUUGCAAAGGUAUGAUUAUUAUAUAAUGAAUUAGCUGAGAGUCUAAGAAUGCUUGGCUAAUAUAAUGAGUCAAUCAUUUGGAUAGAUAAAGCAUUGUAAGUAGAUCCAUAGCAUUGUUAUUCAUUAUAUUGUAAAGGUACCAUUAUUGGAUAAUGUGUUAGCGAGAAGUUUAAGAAUGCUUGGCUAAUAUAAUGAGGCAAUUAUUUGGGUAGAUAAAGCAUUGUAAGUAGAUCCAAAUCACAUUAAUUCAUUAAAUUGCAAAGGUAAGACUAUUAAUUUAAGUGUUAGUGGACACUUUAAUGCUUUUUGGUUAAUAUAAAGAUGCUAUCAUUUAGGCAGAUAAAAUGUUAUUAGUAGAUCCAAAUAACAUUAAUUCAUUUCAUUGCAAAGGUAUGAUCAUUAUUAGAAAAUGUAUUAGCGCAGAGUUUAAGGAUGCUUGAAGAAUAUAAUGAGGCAAUCAUUUGGGCAGAUAAAGCAUUAUAAGUAGAUCCAAAGCAUUGUAAUUCAUUAUGGUGCAAAGGCACAAUAUUUAUUUAAUAUGUUAGCUGAUAGUUUAAGAUUGCUUGGCUAAUAUGAUGAAGCAAUAAUUUUGGCAGAUUAAGUACUGUAAAUAGAUCCAACACAUUGCCAUUCAAUAUAUUGCAAAGGUAUGAUUGUUAUUUUAUAUGUUAGCUGAUAGUUUAAUGUUGCUUGGCUAAUAUGAUGAAGCAAUCAUUUUGGCAGAUUAAGCACUGUUAAUAGAUCCACAUCAUUUUUAUUCAUUAUCCACUAAAAGUACUAAUUAUUUGUAAUUCGAAGGUGACUCAUUAAGAUAAUUGUAAAGAUUAGAAGAAGCUAUGGAAGUAAUAGAUUUAUCUCUACAAAUUAAUCCAAAUCAUUAUUCUUCCUUAUUGGUAAAAGGUUGAUAUCUUUUUCUAGUUGAUAGGUUAAUGUUUACAAUAAUAGAAUUAAUAUGAAGAAGCUUUAAUAUUUUAUGACUUAGCUUUAAAUUUAAACCAAAAUAAAUAAUGGGCUUUAAUAAAAAAAGGUAACCAAUAUAAAAUAUUCAGAUGAGUGUUUAAAAGCUUUAAACUAGCAAUGA